UUUGGGAACUACAGUGCGAUCUCAUCAGUGUCUCUUCAAGUUUAAACCGCAUCUCUCUCUCUCUCUCUCACCUUCUCCUCUGUGUACAAUAUCGGGAAAGUGAGGAAGAUACAUUGAGGCAAAAAGAUCAAAUCAUGGCGGCGACAUCUUCCUCUGCUUUUCUCCUUAACCCGUUGACUUCUCGCCACCGACCUUUCAAAUAUUCGCCUGAGCUCUCUUCUGUCUCCUUAUCCUCUAGAAAGGCGGCUACUUCUUCCGAUGUUUUCUCGGCUGCUCUCACGCUCAAGAGACAGAGCCGGAGGUGUUUCGAUGUUGUGUGCAAGGCUGUGUCCGUUAAGCCCGAAGCUGGUGUUGAAGGGCUCAAUAUUGCCGAGAAUGCUGCUCAGCUUAUUGGGAAGACUCCAAUGGUUUACUUGAACAAUAUAGUCAAGGGUUGUGUUGCAAGUGUUGCUGCUAAGCUUGAGAUUAUGGAACCUUGUUGUAGUGUCAAGGAUAGGAUUGGGUAUAGUAUGAUUACUGAUGCUGAAGAAAAGGGACUUAUAACACCUGGAAAGAGUGUUCUUGUGGAAUCGACAAGUGGAAACACAGGGAUUGGCCUUGCGUUCAUUGCUGCUUCAAAAGGCUAUAAACUUAUUUUGACCAUGCCCGCAUCAAUGAGUUUGGAAAGGCGUGUUCUUUUGAGGGCAUUUGGAGCCGAACUUGUGUUAACUGAACCUGCAAAAGGUAUGACCGGAGCAAUUCAAAAGGCUGAAGAAAUAUUGAAGAACACUCCCAACUCCUACAUGCUACAACAAUUUGACAACCCUGCCAAUCCCAAGAUUCAUUAUGAGACUACUGGUCCUGAGAUUUGGGAAGACACUAGAGGCAAAGUGGAUAUAUUGGUUGCUGGAAUUGGAACCGGUGGAACUGUAACUGGUGUCGGUCGAUUUAUCAAAGAAAGAAAACCCGAAUUUAAGGUCAUUGGUGUAGAACCCACGGAGAGUGCUAUUCUCUCUGGUGGAAAACCCGGACCUCACAAGAUUCAAGGAAUAGGAGCUGGAUUUGUACCCAAGAAUUUGGAUCUGACUAUUGUAGAUGAGUACAUAGCGAUUUCCAGUGAGGAAGCAAUUGAAACUGCGAAGCAACUAGCCCUCCAGGAAGGCUUGUUGGUUGGUAUAUCUUCUGGAGCAGCAGCUGCUGCUGCAAUCCAGGUUGCAAAGAGACCUGAAAAUGCUGGGAAACUUAUAGCUGUUGUGUUUCCGAGCUUCGGGGAACGUUACCUCUCGACCCAGCUUUUCCAGUCGAUUCGAGAAGAGUGUGAGAAGAUGCAGCCUGAGCUUUGAGUUUCUUCUGUAAUUUCUUGACAAACAAGCAACCUCUUCUUUGAUUUAUUGCUCCUUGUUUCUCCUAAUAGACGUCUCUGCAGAGAUAUCUACGUCUAGUGUAUAUUUGCAAUGUGCAACGCAAUUUGGUGGUUAUUAAUAAAGGCAUAAGAGGUUCGAAAAUUUAAAA